UUUGGGCGGAACACCCAGAAACGGCUUUUUAGAACACAACAUUGCGACCUGCCUAAGUUUCUGACUAAACACGUUCGCAACCUGACUAGUAAAGGCGAAGAUGUUGCCGGCACCCACCCUUGUUGUGGGCAUCAUAGCUCUGGCUAUCCGAGCCGUCUAUCGCACGGGAGCCGUCGGAACUUCCUUGCAGCCAAACCCUCUUGCCCCUCCGGCGUUUGACAAAGUGAAAGUGAACUACACCUUUGCGCAGGAAACGCUAAUCAAGGCCGUACGCAUUCCAACGGUUUCUUCCGACGAAGGGCGGUUCCUGGAAUUCCAUCGCUUCUUGGAAGAGAGUUUUCCUCUUGUUCGAAACUCUUUUUCCUGGGAGACCAUCGACAAGUACAGCCUGCUUUUGACAUGGAAAGGCUCAAAGAAGGCUGCGCCAGUACUUUUCUCCGCGCAUCAGGAUGUGGUUCCGGUCAGCGAUGCCGACCAAUGGGACCAGCCGCCGUUCUCUGGGGCGGUGGCAGAUGGUUUCGUGUAUGGGAGAGGAACCUUGGACAUGAAGGGCAUAUUGAUUGCGGAGCUGAUAGCCGUGGAAACCCUGAUCCAAGCCGGGCAUAAGCCAAAGCGAAGCUAUUACUUUGCCCUUGGCCAUGAUGAAGAAACGAAUGGUGAAGGUGCAUUUGCAAUCGCGAAGGUGCUGAAAAAGAGGAAGCUGCGCUUUGAUUUUGUCUUGGACGAAGGGCUGCCUAUCGCAUAUGGGCAGUUUCCUGGGAUCAAACGCCCUAUAGCUUGGAUUGGAGUAGCCGAAAAGGGAUACUUGGAUCUAGUCAUCACUGCGAAAUCGCCUGGUGGGCACGGCUCGAUGCCAUUUUCGCCGAACGCUAUCCAUCUUUUAUCGACUGCGCUACAUCGCAUUUCCAGGUUCCGCUCGAAAGUCUCGAUAUCGGAUGGACCCGUCCGCGAUAUGCUGGCCGCCUUGGCCGCUGAGCAUCCAUCUUUCUGGUUUCGUCUUUUGAUGCGGAACCCUUGGGCGGUGAAUCUGGUUCUUCCGUGGGUUCCAGUGAAAUCCAUUCCUGGAUUAGCGGCCAUGACGCGUACCACCCUGGCCACGACGGUCGUCAAGGGCGGCAUUGCGCACAAUGUUCUGCCGACGGUGGCUCAAGCUACCGUGAAUGCGCGCAUUCGUCCCGGGGAAACCGCUGAGGAUGUGCUUCGUAAAGUCAGCAAACUCAUCAAUGCUGUGCCAGUCGCCUCUCCGGAAAGUAGCGAUGAGCCGCUCACCAUUUCGAUGCGGCUAAGGUCUGAAGAUACGAACCCUAGCGCGGUUUCGUCAUCCACAUCUUCUGCCUUCAAUAUCUUGGCUGGUACCAUCAGGCAUGUUUUUGCGGAGCAUAAGGGCGCGAAAGACAAGGAACCUCAGGAGAUUCUGGUCGCGCCAUCGUUGUUGAUGGGACGAACGGACAGCGCGUCCUACAGAUCGAUUGCGGACCACAUCUAUCGCUUUCAACCCGUGACACUCUACCCCGAGGACGUUGAAAGGAUCCACGGAAGGAAUGAACGGAUUGCUGUCAAGGAUUUCAACAAGAUGAUUGAUUUUUACGUUGCGUUGAUGUUGAAUACUGAUAGUGCAGAGUAGUUAGGUCUGUUUCAUCACCUCACUGACCGAAGUUUGAUUGCGCGAAUGCGCCGAAUGCGCUCGAGGGUUUGAGCAGCGCAGUGGGGGUAACUGAGCCCCACUGGGCCAACAUGUUGUACCUUGUGAACCGUAGCAUUUUGCUUUCCCUGGUCGGGCCCAGAAGGUGGGCCAGCGCAAUUUCCCGAGUAACUCAGAAUCUCACCUAUAUUGCCCAGGGAAUGUUAGUCCAUUAGUCCAUUUUUCAAUCUCCGAUCUGACAGAUUUCAAC